UGGGAGGCGACGCGGCCGGGGAUGAGAAGGGCGGGAAUUUCGACUUUGGAGGUUGGAAGGCGGAAGGAAGUGGCGACAGAAUCCCGGAGAAGCCCCGGCCUCUCUCUCGGUCGAGGUUUCUAUGAAAUGGACAAAGCUGCAGGUGACUUAAAACUGGAUCUUCACAAUGGAUGCGAAUCCUUGCAGAUACAUGUAGAAGUUCAUCAAAAAUCAGACAGCACUGCAAAGAAAGAGGAUAUCAAACUGGGUGUCUUAAAACUACUAGAAAGGCAUCCUGUGGUCUUUGGUGAUUACAAAUGGACUGAGUUUGAUGAUUAUUUCCUGACAAAUAAUGUGCAGUCCAUUGCAGUUGUGGACACAGAGCUAAAGUUGAAGGAAAGACAGGCAAUAAAUCUGAGUAAGUGCAGCCUUUCCAUUCACAUUUUUCAUCUCGGUGAAGAAGGGCCCAGUGCUGAAAAUCUGGAGGCAGAGGAUGAGAAUAUUGUUGCUGCUAAUCACUGGGUGUUACCAGCAGUUGAAUUCCAUGGUCUAUGGGAGAGCCUUAUUUAUGAUGCUGAGAUAAAAUCAGAUCUAUUAGAUUAUGUGACUACAACAUUACUGUUCUCUGACAGAAAUGUCAACAGCAACUUGAUAUCGUGGAAUAGAGUUGUUCUGCUGCAUGGUCCUCCAGGAACUGGUAAAACUUCGCUAUGUAAAGCACUGGCCCAGAAGCUGACUAUUAGACUUUCUCAUAGGUAUCGCUAUGGACAGCUGAUAGAGAUAAACAGCCAUAGCCUCUUCUCCAAGUGGUUUUCUGAGAGUGGCAAACUGGUUACCAAAAUGUUCCAGAAGAUUCAAGAAUUAAUUGAUGACAAAGAUGCCCUUGUAUUUGUACUGAUCGAUGAGGUGGAAAGUCUCACAGCAGCACGUAGUGCUUUUCGGGCAGGGACAGAACCUUCUGAUGCCAUCCGGGUUGUAAAUGCAGUCUUGACACAAAUCGAUCAGAUCAAAAGGUAUCCUAAUGUAGUUAUCUUGACGACCUCAAAUAUCACGGAGAAAAUUGAUAUGGCCUUUGUGGACAGAGCAGAUAUCAAGCAAUACAUUGGCCCACCUUCUGCUGAAGCAGUGUUCAAAAUAUAUCUUUCUUGCUUGGAGGAACUAAUGAAGUGCCAGAUAAUAUAUCCUCGACAGCAGCUGCUGACACUCCGUGAGCUGGAGGUGAUUGGUUAUUUAGACAGUGAUGUGUCAAAACUGAGUCUCAUAUUGAGAGAAAUUUCAAGGAAAAGUGAAGGACUUAGCGGCCGUGUUUUAAGGAAACUUCCUUUUCUGGCACAUGCACUUUACAUUCAGUCACCUAACGUCACAACGACAGCUUUCCUUCAAGCCUUGUCACUUGUGGUGGACAAGCAAUUUGAAGAAAGAGCAAAACUUGCAGACUGCGUUUGACAUUCUCCUUCCUCCUCCAGUGCUUGACUGAGUAGAACACUUCCAUUAGUUACUCUGUUGUAUUGUCUUUCUGCAUGAUUGUUAGGACUUAUUAAGGAACCUGUAAAAACCUGAAUAAGAAGAAGUAGGGAAAUGUAUAGUUUUUUCAAUGAUAUGUUUCCAAGUGCAGUUUAGGCAUAGAGACUUUAUAUACAUUGAAGAGCUUUAUUUCAUUUGAGCUGUAAACCUGAUUAAUUCCUAAAAAUAACUAUUUUUGUCACUGUUCAUGUACAUUUUUUAAAGCUGUAUCGGAAAUUCUGCACUUUGUGUACCUGUAAUUUGUAUCAUUUUCUGGUAUUUUUCUGAACUAGAAUAUUGUCAACAAAAUUAAAAAAAAAAAUACUGCCGAAACAGA